UAUCAAGAAACACAAUAUGAGGAGGAGGAGGAAGAAGAAGAAAUUAGAUGGUGACAAUUGAGAGUGAUGAGUGUAUAUAUAUGUGUUAUGAAUCUCACACAAUUACACUCUUCUUUCUCUCACUCAAGGCAAGUCUAUAGAGGCAAAGGGAAGGGAUGGGUGACUCCAAUAAAUCCACAAAUUGAAAAUCUAUCUAACAGAUCUUGAUUAUAUUAAUCACAUUUUCACUAAUGAAAAUGCUAGAAAUAUAGGAUACAGUUCCUGUGAAAUGUUGAUACCAUAUCUAAUGCUACCACAGUUCCUUAGGCAUUUCUUUUUGGUGAAUAAAGUAAGAGAGCAUAAAGUAUAGGAGAUGAAGAGAAAAUAAAGUAAGAGAAAAUAAUACAUUUUGUCAAAAAUAAAAAUGACUCAAUUAAUUUAGAACUUCCUAAAAUAAAAAAAUGACUCAAUUAACAUGAAACGGAGGGAGUACUAUUGUUGUACUAUUGUUUAAGAAAAUUACUCCAUAAAAUAGAUAAAGAUGAAAAAUACCCCCUCUGUCCGGGAAAUAAUGUCUCAUUUUGCUAUUUUGGGAUGUCGGUGAUUUAAAGCUUCAUUUGCUCUCUUUUUUUCAUUUUAGAUAAGAGGACUCACAAUUCACCUAAUUUAAUACAAUCACAUUCUAUUAUAAAAUCAAUAUAUAAAAAUGGAGUCUACUUUCUACUAACUCAUUUCCCCUAUUUUCUUCAUCAGUUAAACAAUUUCUUAAAGUUUGUAAUGAAUUAAAAUGGGACUAAAAAUGGUAAGAUAUAUAAAUAGAUCGAUGAAUAGUAGUGAAUAGAAAGAUAACGAAGUUAAAUUAAAAACAUUUGAACAGUCCAUAUACAAAGAAGAUUACAAUACAAUAAUCAAUUUACAAUUUAUGAUGUUAAUAUUAGAAAUGAGUUGCCACGUGGCAUGUGAUUGUUCAAACAUGAGAUGAGACCCGAGUUUGGCUCCCUCCAAUUUUCCCGGGAAACAACACAAAUACCAUAUUUUCUCCAUUUCUCUCUCUACGCACAUAACUCAAAGAAGUAAAAAGCAGAAAACGAGAAUCGAUCUCCAGUGGUUAUUAUGGAUAAAAAAGAAAAGGCAAAAGAGAAAAAGGAAAAGAGGCGCCAAGAGAUCUCUCUCCUCCGCACCAUCCCUUACUGCGAUCAUCAAAGAUGGUGGACCUCGGAAACUAUAGCUGUGGUGACGGGUGCGAAUAGGGGGAUCGGGUUUGAGAUCGUGCACCAGCUCGCGUUGCACGGGAUCACAGUCAUUCUCACGUCACGCGAGACGGGCGUUGGACAAGAAGCAGCAAAGGUGUUGCAGGAAGGAGGUUUGAAUGUAGUGUUUCACCAACUGGACAUCGUUGACCCUCCAUCAAUUGAAUCCUUUGUUCAAUGGGUCAAAGAAGAAUAUGGUGGUGUGGAUGUAUUGAUAAACAAUGCUGGAGUGAAUUACAAUGCUGGAUCAGAUAACUCUGUGGAAAAUGCUGAACAAGUUAUCCAGACCAACUAUUAUGGAACCAAAAAUAUGAUUAAGGCAAUGGUUCCUCUUAUGAGGCCUUCGGAACCUGGUGCUCGGAUUGUUAAUGUCAGUUCCAAAUUGGGAAGAUUGAGUGGCCGUAGAAAUAGGAUUGAAAACGCUGAAAUAAGAAAAAAGCUAGAAAACGACGAGUUGCUAUCUGAGGAAUUGAUUGAUGAAGUGAUGAGUACCUUCUUGAAACAAGCAGAGGAUGGGACUUGGAAAGAAGGUGGCUGGCCUCAUGUAUUCACAGACUAUUCUUUGUCUAAACUGGCGGUUAACACUUACACGAGGCUGAUGGCGAGGGAGUUUGCUAGUCGUCCAGAAGGCGAAAAGAUAUACAUCAAUUGCUACUGCCCCGGGUGGGUGAGGACCGCUAUGACUAGUUGGGCCGGGCACAUUAGCAUUGAGGAAGGGGCUGACACUGCAGUGUGGCUGGCCUUGCUUCCCGAUCAUUUUGUGACUGGAAAGUUCUUCUCCGAGAGGCGUGAGAUCAAUUUCUGAGGCACAAGAUGGUGUUCUGUGAACCACAUUUCUGUUGCACCAGUUUCCAAGUUUAGUAUUCAGGGAAACAGGCAACAUAGGAGUGGAAUUUUGCUGGCUGGUUUGAUUAUGGGAAGAGCUGGGAGAAGAAGCAAGAGCAACAUUGUUUAUCUGCAUCUUUUCUGCUCUUCUUACUAUUGAAAUCAAGAUUCCUUUGCAUCAGUAGACUUAGAACUGGUAGCUUUUGUUUUCUGAUUUUGAUGCAGGAACAACAGUCAAUUACAACAAGGGAAACAUGUCAUUUUUUGUGUUAUGUUUUUGAUACUGAUAUUUUGUUUUGCAUUUUGAUACGCUCAAAUUUGAAAUUUGUCAAAACAAAUUUAUUGAGGUUUUAUUUUGGUGA